UCCUACAUAGAAAGAGUCCCUCGACGUGAAAGAAGAAGUAGUCACGUACGAGAAUAUUCUGGAUGUCAUGGAAUAACCCAGAAAUGUCUGGUGACAUCUAGAACGUCAGAAAACUAUAUAAACAUUAUGUGUUUGACAUUCUAUAGUUCAGUUGUAAUUCAGAUUUAGUAGUCGACAGUUGUCAGUUUGUUAAAGUUUAUAUUGUAUUUGAGUUUGAAUAAAGUUACUUUGAAAAAGUUGUAACAUUGGUGACAGCGGUGGGAUUUAAGAGAUAUUGAAGAAGAUAUUGAGAAUUGUUUAUGGUAAAUACCAGAUCAUCUAAAGUUGAGAAGGAAAUGGAUACAUCCGGACCACCAGCAUGGUUUUUAAAAAUGAAAGAAAAUGAAGAGAAACGUAGGCAAGAAGAGAAAGAAAAUGAAGAGAAACGUAGGCAAGAAGAGAAAGAAAAUGAAGAGAAACGUAGGCAAGAAGAGAAAGAGGAAGAUAAAAAGCUUAGAAAAGAAGAGGAGGAGAGGCGUAGACAAGCAGAGGUAGAAAUUAUGAAUAGUUUGUCCCAAAUUCACGAGCAUUUUCAGUUAGAGUUACUAAUGUCGAAUCCGAACAAACAGCCCUUUCCUCUUCCAUCGUUGAUCCAGGCAUAAUUAGAAGUAGCAAAAUUUUAAAACCACCCACGUUUGAUGGCCAAACAGCGUGGGAA